CCAAUUAGGUAGGGCCAAGGCGGAGCUUCGAGUUCCGCUCCGCUGAGGCUAUAAAUACGACCUCCUCAGCCCCCCAGGCAACAUAACGAAGCGAAGAAGAAAGAGGUGAUAUCUGAUUUUCGCGGACAACAAAAACAAACGCCAAGACUUGCAGGUGAGAAAUGGCUCGUACAAAGCAGACUGCUCGUAAAUCCACUGGAGGAAAGGCGCCUAGGAAGCAGCUGGCUACCAAAGCAGCCAGGAAAAGCGCGCCAUCUACUGGUGGAGUGAAGAAACCCCACAGAUACAGGCCUGGUACUGUUGCUCUGCGUGAGAUUCGUCGGUACCAGAAGUCCACUGAGCUGCUAAUCAGGAAGCUGCCUUUCCAGCGUCUGGUCAGGGAAAUCGCUCAGGACUUCAAGACAGAUCUGCGUUUCCAGAGCGCAGCCAUUGGUGCUCUCCAGGAAGCCAGUGAGGCCUACUUGGUUGGCCUGUUCGAGGACACCAAUCUGUGCGCCAUUCACGCGAAGAGGGUUACCAUCAUGCCCAAGGACAUUCAGCUGGCCAGGCGAAUUAGAGGAGAGCGAGCAUAAAUGCUUGAUUUGAUUUUUAUCUUUUUAUUGGGUGGGGGGUGGGUGGGACUCACUGGGGUUUAUUUUGUAAAUCUUGAACUAUUUACCAGCAUGUGUGCCACCUUCUGUCAUUUGUAGUUUCAGGCAUGUUUUUGUACUUUGAGUUCACUGACUUUCUCUUCAGCUGUUCUGUUCACUGUAGAGUAGAGCCUCAUAUCUGUAAAUGCUAAAAUAUUUCACUCACUUCCUCAGGUUUGCAAAUGUAUUUUAGAAUCUGUAUCUUUGUAAUCCUGUGUGCGCAUGUCAUAGGAUUUCUCAUUGUGCUGUAAAUAAACUUUCCGCUACCUCAAUCUGA